UUGAGCUCAGCUUUCAUGAGCGUGACUAUAACAACUGAUGAAUAGACACAUCGCCCGGAGGUCAUCGGCGUCAAAGCAGCGGAGAACAACCCAAAGCGAUGGUGCAAGAAGACAGCACAGCUGCUCCGAGGGUGAAACGCAACAGAUGAGCAGAUCGACACAGCUGCUGCUCUACUGACUUACAAGCGCUGCUCUGGAUAACCGACGAGAAUGAACACAAACGACGCGAAGGAUUACCUCUCCAAACGACAGAUCCCACACCUUUUUGAGAGCAUGUUAACAGGGCUGAUGUACCACAAGCCUGAGGACCCUUUGGCAUUCUUGGAAAGUUGUCUGCAGAAAACACGAGACCUUGGGGGUCCUGAAUGUGUUGCCUGGGACACUUUCAUUACACCUGAUCGAAAACCUCUACCACCAAUCACCCCAGCACAGGGAAAGAAAAACCCUGGCAAACUCGACAGUGGUCCUGGUCCAGGCCCCGGACCUUACCGUCGAUAUGAAAGGUUGCCACCAAUCCAGGCCCAGUUCUCCAUAGAAAGUGACUCAGACAUGACAGAGUCCUCAGGGCUCAUACAAGAAUAUGAUGUCUUUGACCCAUCAAAACCACGCCCACACAUCAUAUUCAUUAUUGGUGGACCGGGCAGUGGGAAGGGCACUCAGACAGCUAAACUUGCAGAUCACUAUGAUUACGAGCAUGUGUCCGUGGGGGAAAUUUUGAGGAACCAGUUGCUGCAUCAUGCCCCCAGUGACAGAAAAUGGGAGUUGAUUGCUCAGAUCAUAGCCAACGGGGAACUGGCACCACAGGAGACGACUAUUGAAGAGCUGAAGCAUCAGUUUAUCAAAAAGCAGGAUGCUAAAGGAUUCAUUGUGGACGGAUUCCCCAGAGAGAUCUCACAGGCUUUCACCUUUGAGGAACAGAUUGGCUCCCCAGACUUGGUGAUCUUGCUUGCCUGCUCCAAUCAGCAACUCCGGCAGCGUCUAGAGAAAAGAGCUUCCCAGCAGGGACGUCCCGACGAUAACACUCACGCUAUUGAGAAGAGACUAGAUACCUUCAAACACAAUAUCACACUCAUAGCCAAGUACUACCAGGAGAGAGGACUUAUUGUGAGGGUCGAUGCUGAUCGAGAGGAAGAUGACAUUUUCACAGACAUUUCUACCAUUGUGAAGGAGAGAUUCUUCCCUAAUGACACAAAUGCAAGCAGUACUGAAGAUCUUUAGAGGGACGUCUAAACAUCCAAACAGCUGUUGCCAUUAAUUCCAAAAUGACAAAAACAGCCUGCCAAACAUAUUUUUCAUCAAUAGGGUCAAGGAAGUAAUAUAAUAUACUGUAGAAUUUACACUGGAUGUUGCCUCUGUUUGUACUUCACUGUGAAUCUACUCCUUUGCUGUAAUUUAAUAAGAAUGACUUUCUAGAGCAGAGCUUUUUUUUCCCCCCACAUUUUCUGUUUUUUUUUUUUUUUUUUUUUUGUCUUAAUUUUAAUGUUGUUUUGACUCUAUAUUAUUAAUGCAUAUUUGGAGCUCAAGCCAGAAUUAAUGUGAGUUGUAAAAUGCACCAAAUUAUAAUGCAAUAACACAAUAACAACAUCAAAUGUUUUCAAACAAAUUGCCUAACCUAUUCCUGCAAAAUUAUUAAAGGGAUUAAUGAUUACUGUUAAGUUCUCCUACUUCACAGUAUGAGCACAUUGGAGAGAGACAAAAAAAUUACAAAUAAAAAUAAAUAAAAAAAAAUGGAGAGAGAGAGAGAGGCACUACAAACGUGUCUUCGGGCUGUGUUCUCAUUAAUAGAUGUUCAUUCCAGCUGUGCCAAUAUUUCACAGUGAGACAUCAGUGAAGACAGACUCUCUGUCCUUGCUGACAGACCUUGACCUUGACUGUUAACUCAAGUGCCAAAAAUACUGCAAAUUACUGAGGAGUACUGAAAUGUAAACCCACCUUUAUUGAAAGAUGGUACACAGAAAUUAGUGGAAAAAACAAGUAGUAAAAGCUUAUUAAAUAUCAGCAGUAUCUAUUUCAUGCUUUUUCCACAAUCAUUGCUUGUAGAUCUUCUAGACAAAAAUUCACAAUUGGCCCACUAGAUGGCAGACUUUUAUUCCUUAAAAAUAAUUUGUUCAAUACCCUCAACUGAUUUGAAAGCGUUAACUCAUAGACGUCCACAAUAAUACCCAGUUCUGCCUUUUUGAAGAAAUGUAAUAUUAUCAAUUCUUAGCUUUUGAGUAUGUAAACUGAUUGAUAAAGAAUAAACAUGUUUAAAAAACUGCUUGGAAAAACAUGAGCUCCGAGUACGCUUUUAACAACAGUAGAUAACGUUAACCCUAAAAAGACCAUAGUAUCUUUGUUUGGGUUAAGUGUGUUUAAAAUACUGUGUUAUAAACAGCAUCACAGUGAAGGAGUGCUGGUAUGUGCUGCCUCUCAAAAUAGAUCCGCCUUUAUCGCCUGCCUGGCAAAUUACUAGCAGUGGCGCGAUAGGAGACUCCUCUAUACUUGCACAAAAUACAGCUUCAGGUUUUUUAAAGUAUAAAUUGAAUUACUGCAUCUGUAUGUUGUUGAGAAAAUCUCCUCUUUCGUGUUCUGAUCUGACAUGUUCAGUUUGGUUUUGGAUGGUUAUAGAGAAUAAUACCACCGUGGUGCGUUUUUUACUCUUCUUAUCUGCUGUAUAGUCUAGAGCUUUUCUGCUCUUUAUAAUUCUUUUAUUUUUCACACUUUCUUUCUUUUGAUGCACAUAAAAGAAGAUACUUUGACAAGGUUUUUUUUUUUUUUUCUGUACAGUGGAAGUCAAUGGUCACCAAAAACGUUACCAGCAUUCUUCGAAACAUCUUCUUUUGUGUUGAAGAAAGAAAGCCUUACAGGUUUUGGAAAAUUAUUACAAUUUCAUUAUUCCCCCGAAACUCUUUACAUCCAGUAGCUGAUCUUGGCACGGUUAUGAGAGAAAUUUCAUUGUCUGAUUCAACAAAUCAUACUUUUCAGAUCUUUUAAGUUGAUCUAGUUUACAAAACUGAACAGAAUGAUUUGUUAAUGAAUCAAAUUGAUCCGCUUCUCAAGUUCAAUACACUCUAAUCGGUCAAUCAUAAGGAAAUGUACAUUAUCAGUGAAUCAUUUCUAACAUAAAUAUGUGAUAUGUGAAUCAACUGAUUUCCAUUUUAAGCUUGUAUGCUAACAUAAUUGUCCUGUUGAUAAAAAGCCGAAGAAUAACCUAUUUUGUAACAGUGUUUCAUUUCAAUCUGAAAUAUGGCUAUUUAAGUACAUUCAUUUAAUUUGUUCAUUUUUAUAAGGUAACAG